AUGGACAUGGAACUUUCCUGGAUCCUAUCACACCCCAUCGCAACGCUCCUCGUCGCGUACAUUUUCUACGUCCUCUGUCUAGUCAUCUACCGACUUCAUUUCCAUCCACUGGCCAAGUUCCCCGGACCCAAAUAUGCAGCUAUCAGCAGAUGGCAUGAAUUUUACUACGAGGUCGUGAAGAAGGGACAGUUCACGUUCAAAGUCCAGGAGUAUCACAAGAAAUAUGGUCCGAUUGUCCGCAUUGUACCAGAUGAACUCCACAUCCAAGAUUCGCAGUUCUAUGACGAUCUGUACACCAAAGCCGGGCGAGUUGACAAGUAUGAGUGGAUGGCAGGCCGAUUUGGGUGCGACACAUCUGUGUUCACCACUAGCCCUGAUGAGCUACAUCGUAUCCGUCGUGGUGCCCUGAACCCCUUGUUUUCUCGGGCUCGAAUAGUCGACUUGCAAACCAUCAUCCGCGAGAAAAUCAAUCUUCUCCUCGAGCGAAUUCGCGAGUUCCAGGCGGAAGGGAAGAUUCUACCCAUUAACCGCGCUUUCAUGGCACUGACGGGUGAUGUUGUGAUGGAGUAUUGCUUCUCGAUGACCUAUGAUCACUUGAGAAUGCCCAACUUUGAGAAGACGCUGCAUGAGCCAUUCAUGGCAGCGAGCAUAAGCGGCCAUUUAUCGCUACAAUGUCCAUGGGUGCCAAAAUUGCUGUUCAUGCUGCCCGAGAGCAUGCUUGUCAAGAUCGAGCCGCUCUACGCUCUCGUCUUCCGAAUGCAAGCUGACUUUCGCAAGCAAAUCAAUGCCAUGAAAGACGGCAAAAUGGACGACGUGCUCGAGAAGUCUAGCCAUCCGACCGUCCUCCAAGAACUCAUCUCCGGCAGCAUGCCAGCGUCGGAGAAGGAAACUCGACGCCUGCAAGACGAAGCCCAACUUGUUGUCGCCGCCGGUGUCACAACCACGGGGUGGGCUCUGAGCACCGCGACGUUCCAUUUGCUCAACAACCCUAAGACCCUAGCCAGACUUCGUGCAGAACUCGGGGCAGCCAUUCCCGACCCGAAAGCUACACUGUCCUGGACCGAGCUCGAAAAGCUGCCGUACCUGACGGGCUGCGUACGUGAAGCCGUCCGGAUGUCCUACGCGGUGACGACGCGUAACCCUCGCUUGUUCAGCAAACCGCUUAUUUACAAGGACUGGGUGAUUCCUCUACGCACGCCAGUGUCCAUGACUAUUGUCGAUAUAAACGACGACGAGGAUAUCUACCCCAACCCUCGCGAGUUCCAGCCCGACAGGUGGAUCAACCCGCCCAAGACGAAGGAUGGGAGUAGUUUGGAGAGGUACUUUGUCGGGUUUGGCAAGGGGAGCAGGAGCUGUCUGGGGAUCAACCUCGCUCACGCAGAGUUGUACAUGACUCUUGCAGCCGUCUUCCGCAAUUUCCAAUUCGAACUGUACGAGACCGACAUCACGGACGUCGAACUGGCACAUGAUUUUUUCUUGCCCAGUCCGAAGCUAAAUAGCAAAGGGGUCAGGGUCAAGGUGUUGAAGGAGGCAUGA